ACGUCGGUGUUUGUGCGUGGUUUCGGAAUGUGGUGGUUGUUUGUGGUGUGAUGUGCUCCGUUGUUAGUGUGCCAGAGACUUUAUCUGUUUUUGUAGUCACCGGCAUAGUCAGGAGAGCAUUUUUAAUACCGUUGAACGAAAUAUAAAGGCCUCGAACGAUGGAUAUAGUGCACAGUCAGCGAGCUCUUCUCCAAGAAUGCUACAGCAGGCUUCAGGUCCAGGACGGUUUCGAUCCCAGUGAAACUCGAAAAGUCUUAGACGAUCUAAAUGCUUGCAACUACAGUAUCCAGUUUAUAAAUAGCCGGGACGCCGAUGUCCUCUUGACGAAGUUGGUUGGUUUGGUCCCAGUACAAGAUGACGAAUUAGUAUCAAGGCUUUGUCAGCUUGUUCACUACAUAUGCUCCACGCAGAAGGUAACAUUGGAGACAGAUAGCCUCCAUAAGAUAUUAGAAUAUAUCAUUGGGUUUUUCCAUCUGUGCAACGUCUGGGCUCUACCAAAUGCAAUCAGUUCCUGCGCUGCGCUACUCUAUGGAAACGUCUCCCGCGCCGAACCAUUUUGGGAUCGGCUGCUGGGACAUGGUGGAAGCUUCGAGACCUUUCUGUCCCCAGCUGAACUUGAUAGCAACGUUAAGCUAGCUGCUCUUAAAGCAGUACGAAUAAUUUCAUUCAGGUUGCCAGAAGAGCCAUACAUAUCAAAUGAUCAUACAAUGCAUUUGGUUGACCUACUUUUGGGUGUCAUAACUGAAGCUAAUUAUGCAGAACCAAUAUUACGUGCAGAGGUGCUGGCAUGUGCUCUUCGGUGCCUGGAAAACAUCUUUGCUGCAAAGUGGCCGUUUCCAACGAACCAGUUGGGAAGAUUAUUGGGAAUCUUAAAGUACCACCUGUUCUAUGGUAUUCCUGGUCAGAAGUCUAGACCAAACUUCAACCUCCUUCCAAGCCCGCUGUGCACGCACCUGUCUGCCGUGGUUGUGAAGGAGGAAGAUCAUGAACAACCCACGCAGUCUCCAGCACCGAAAAGGAAGAAUAGGCGAAGGAGGACAAAAAAGGCAAACGACAAAUUGGAAGACAGCGCAAGAGAUGGCUCUGGAGAUCGAAGCCCUACACAGCAGCAGCCUCCCUGGAAGAAAGCGUCCAGUUCAGAGUCUGAAUUUUCUGACUCUGAAGGGGGGCAGGUAGCUCGGCUUCGUUACCUCCAAAGUUGCGUACGCAGAAACUCGUACUUGACUCUGCGUGCUAUAGUAAAGGUGACAGAAAACAAAGAGAUGUUCAGCUACUUGUUGAAUUUCUUGCCCGAUGUGCCUGUCACCAUUGGCCCACCACAGACACAGACCAUCCUCCUGACCAUCCUCAAAGAUCCAAAUUUACAGGUUCGGAAGGUGGCACUAGACUUACUGACUGACUUUGUCACGUACUACAAGCCAUUUUUGGCUAUAGCCGCUGACAGUGGCACCCACAAAGCAUCAUUCACUCCUCUAUCGGCUACAGUUGCUGCCAUCCUCGGAGAAAUCCACCGAUGUUUGCAUUUGGCACUGAUAGCCGAAAAUUCUCUGGCUCUCAUCAUCCAGUUGCUGAAGUGCCUUUCUGAUGUGGUUGUUGGAUCCCCUUAUCAUCGCCUGAAGCCCGGACUAUUGACACGCCUUGUUACAGACGUGUCCUCAUUUGUUAAUCAUAAAGACGGUCAGAUUCAAGUAGCAUCUCUCACUGCCCUUGGAUCCGUCGUCGGUCAUGUAACACCGUGUGUCGGUGAAGUUGAACAAAUUUUGAAAGGACAUCUGUUGCCUGGUAACAAAGCACAAGAAAUGUCCUCUGGUCCUGCUACCGACUGCUGGUUGGUGAAGGUCUGCACUGCAAAAGUGCUCGCGGAUGUUCCAGAAAACGUCCGCGUGUCAAUGACGGUAGUGAGGGUGGAAGCGCUGCAGGUUCUCACGCAAGUGUGCCGUAACCACUUUCGUUUCAUCUUAUCAUCUGUCGAAGAUGUAGUUGCUGUGAUAAAAAUGUGCCUCUCUGAUCCUCAUGAAGCCAUCAAGUUACAUUCUGUGAAGUUACUGGAGGAGUUCAGCAGGAAGCUUUCAGAAAUGCUGGCGUCAUGCAAGGACGAGCCGCAGUAUCACAGGUUGCUACAGAUCGGGAGUAGUCUAUGGUUAGAUUGUGCUCUGUGCGGCACAUUUCAGUCUUUCAUGCAAGAUACCUCACAAGUUGUCUUGCAAACAGAAACCUGCAAUUGCCUCGCUUCCGUUGGUCCAGACAUUUGGGACACGUUACCAGAAAACCGUAAAGUGCUCUGCAUCACACUUCUUUUGGGCCUUGCAAGAGCACCCGUAAAUGGAGAGACAAGGGAGGACGAGAUAUCUGUUAGGAUGGCAUCUGUCCGUACCCUUGGUAUUCUCUGCUGCUAUCCUUCACUUAGAGAGGAUAUCUUAUUUCUCAUGGAUGUUGGGGAUAUCAUAAUUGACGCCCUGAAAGACACGGAGAUUAGAAUAAAGGCUUCCUGGACACUCAGCAACUUUGCCGAGACACUUUUGGAAUUACGAAAGAAUAAUUCAUCUGUUGUAGCUGAAGUGCCCCACACCUUCCUGUGUGCUGUUGGAAAUGCUACGAAUGCUCUUCAAAAUGAUAAAAAUCAAGUCCGAGCAAAUGCAGUUCGUGCCUUGGGAUGCCUGUUGUACUUUCUUACACCUGAAAAUAUCAAGCACGAGAGUAUCCAGGAUUUUGCACGUGAAGCUGUCAAUGUACUCCUGAAGAGCCUGCAGGCAACUCUAAUGAAAGUACGCUGGAAUGCGUGCUACGCGAUAGGAAGUGCGCUUGAUAACAGUGAUCUUAUUGGAGGGAACAUUAUCGACACAGCCCCUUUGUUCAAUGGCCUACUGGUAAGCCUCCGCAACUGUGUCAAUUUCAAGGUUCGCAUCAGGGCUGCAGCAGCUCUUACAGUACCUUCUUCGCGGGCAACGUACGGGGAUAUGUUCACAAACAUUUUGCAAGGCAUCUUAACUGCACUGGCAGCCACUGAAGAGUCUGUAGAUUACAAAGAGUUACAGCAUCAAGAGAAGCUCAGAGAACAGCUGUGCCUGAGCAUCUGCCAUUUACUUGCUAUGAUGGAAGACAGAGACAUUGGUGAAGUUGAGCCCUUGGUGAUCGACAAUGAGGAGUACACAAGAGAAUCGUUCAGAAAAGUUGCAGCUAAGCAGUGUCUACUCCAGCCAAUCAGGAGGGCGCACCGUGCUGUGGAAGCAGUAGGGAAAGCAGAAAAAUUGCACGCAUUUAUCAACACCCUUGUUGCUGAAUUGAAAGAUUCGUUUGACCUCUCAGCACACAUAAGCAAUAUGGAUAUUCGAUGAUAGCAUUUUUAUUUAUUUUUAUAUGAGAUCUGUAAUAGGCUUUUUAAUGCUUUUUUAAUUCUUCAAUGGAUAAAUAAAUGACACUAAAGGAAUAAAAUGACACUGUAGUUUCGAAAUAGACUGGAAUGGAUUCGACCGUCCCUUUAAGUAAUGAUUUUUUUAAUGUCUAAUAAAUAAUGUUCACGACACUCA